AAAGCGAUAAUAAUAAUAAUAAUAAUCAUAAUAAUUCAGAUUAUGAAACAAAAAAUGAUUUAACUGAUGAAGAAUUAAAUAGACUGAAUUCUAAUAUAAAUAAACAAAAAUAUAAUUUAAAAGAUAAUUCAUCUAAGCGUCAACGUUUAAUAACAUCUGACAAAAAUAAAAAUAAGAAGCCAAUUUCUGCAAAGGAUAUAUACCUUAACACAAAACAAAAAAGUCUUCAAAUUGAGCAAGAUCGAAUAACAAUUGAAAAAGACAUAGCUGAAAUAAAGAAAUAUGAAGUUGAACAAAAGUUAUUAAUCGAAGAAAAAAACUUUAGUGGGAAAAAGACAAGACAGAAAAGGAAGAAAUAA